AUGGAAACGCUGAUCAAUGCAUAUUUUCUCAGACAAAGGCCUGCUCCCACCCCCUCAGUCCUACUCCCACCCCCUCAGUCCUGCUCCCACCCCCUCAGUCCUACUCCCACCCCCUCAGGCCUGCUCCCACCCCCUCAGGUCUGCUCCCACCCCCUCAGUCCUACUCCCACCCCCUCAGUCCUACUCCCACCCCCUCAGGCCUGCUCCCACCCCCUCAGUCCUACUCCCACCCCCUCAGGCCCUACUCCCACCCCCUCAGUCCUGCUCCCACCCCCUCAGUCCUACUCCCACCCCCUCAGUCCUGCUCCCACCCCCUCAGGCCUACUCCCACCCCCUCAGGCCUACUCCCACCCCCUCAGGCCAACUCCCACCCCCUCAGGCCUGCUCCCACCCCCUCAGGCCUACUCCCACCCCCUCAGGCCUGCUCCCACCCCCUCAGGCCUGCUCCCACCCCCUCAGUCCUACUCCCACCCCCUCAGGCCUGCUCCCACCCCCUCAGUCCUGCUCCCACCCCCUCAGUCCUACUCCCACCCCCUCAGUCCUACUCCCACCCCCUCAGGCCUGCUCCCACCCCCUCAGUCCUGCUCCCACCCCCUCAGUCCUACUCCCACCCCCUCAGUCCUGCUCCCACCCCCUCAGUCCUACUCCCACCCCCAUCAGGCCUGCUCCCACCCCCUCAGGCCUACUCCCACCCCCUCAGGCCUACUCCCACCCCCUCAGGCCAACUCCCACCCCCUCAGGCCUGCUCCCAUCCCCUCAGGCCUGCUCCCACCCCCUCAGGCCUGCUCCCACCCCCUCAGGCCUACUCCCACCCCCUCAGGCCUGCUCCCACCCCCUCAGGCCUGCUCCCACCCCCUCAGGCCUGCUCCCACCCCCUCAGGCCUGCUCCCACCCCCCUCAGGCCUGCUCCCACCCCCCUCAGUCCUACUCCCACCCCCUCAGUCCUACUCCCACCCCCUCAGCCCUACUCCCACCCCCUCAGGCCUGCUCCCACCCCCUCAGGCCUACUCCCACCCCCUCAGGCCUGCUCCCACCCCCUCAGUCCUACUCCCACCCCCUCAGGCCUGCUCCCACCCCCUCAGUCCUACUCCCACCCCCUCAGUCCUACUCCCACCCCCUCAGGCCUGCUCCCACCCCCUCAGGCCUGCUCCCACCCCCUCAGUCCUACUCCCACCCCCUCAGGCCUGCUCCCACCCCCUCAGGCCUACUCCCACCCCCUCAGGCCUGCUCCCACCCCCUCAGUCCUACUCCCACCCCCUCAGGCCUGCUCCCACCCCCUCAGGCCUGCUCCCACCCCCUCAGUCCUACUCCCACCCCCUCAGUCCUACUCCCACCCCCUCAGUCCUACUCCCACCCCCUCAGGCCUGCUCCCACCCCCUCAGGCCUACUCCCACCCCCUCAGUCCUACUCCCACCCCCUCAGUCCUACUCCCACCCCCUCAGGCCUGCUCCCACCCCCUCAGUCCUACUCCCACCCCCUCAGUCCUACUCCCACCCCCUCAGUCCUACUCCCACCCCCUCAGACCUGCUCCCACCCCCUCAGUCCUACUCCCACCCCCUCAGGCCUGCUCCCACCCCCUCAGGCCUGCUCCCACCCCCUCAGGCCUGCUCCCACCCCCUCAGUCCUACUCCCACCCCCUCAGGCCUGCUCCCACCCCCUCAGGCCUGCUCCCACCCCCUCAGGCCUGCUCCCACCCCCUCAGGCCUACUCCCACCCCCUCAGGCCUGCUCCCACCCCCUCAGUCCUGCUCCCACCCCCUCAGGCCUACUCCCACCCCCUCAGGCCUACUCCCACCCCCUCAGGCCUGCUCCCACCCCCUCAGUCCUACUCCCACCCCCUCAGUCCUACUCCCACCCCCUCAGUCCUACUCCCACCCCCCCAGGCCUGCUCCCACCCCCUCAGGCCUACUCCCACCCCCUCAGUCCUACUCCCACCCCCUCAGUCCUACUCCCACCCCCUCAGGCCUGCUCCCACCCCCUCAGUCCUACUCCCACCCCCUCAGUCCUACUCCCACCCCCUCAGUCCUACUCCCACCCCCUCAGACCUGCUCCCACCCCCUCAGUCCUACUCCCACCCCCUCAGGCCUGCUCCCACCCCCUCAGGCCUGCUCCCACCCCCUCAGGCCUGCUCCCACCCCCUCAGUCCUACUCCCACCCCCUCAGGCCUGCUCCCACCCCCUCAGGCCUGCUCCCACCCCCUCAGGCCUGCUCCCACCCCCUCAGGCCUACUCCCACCCCCUCAGGCCUGCUCCCACCCCUCAGUGCUCCUGCUCCCACCCCCUCAGGCCUACUCCCACCCCCUCAGGCCUACUCCCACCCCCCUCAGGCCUGCUCCCACCCCCUCAGUCCUACUCCCACCCCCUCAGUCCUACUCCCACCCCCUCAGUCCUGCUCCCACCCCCUCAGGCCUACUCCCACCCCCUCAGGCCUACUCCCACCCCCUCAGGCCUGCUCCCACCCCCUCAGUCCUACUCCCACCCCCUCAGUCCUACUCCCACCCCCUCAGUCCUACUCCCACCCCCCAGGCCUGCUCCCACCCCCUCAGGCCUGCUCCCACCCCCUCAGUCCUACUCCCACCCCCUCAGUCCUACUCCCACCCCCUCAGGCCUGCUCCCACCCCCCUCAGUCCUACUCCCACCCCCUCAGUCCUACUCCCACCCCCUCAGGCCUGCUCCCACCCCCUCAGGCCUGCUCCCACCCCCUCAGUCCUACUCCCACCCCCCCUCAGGCCUGCUCCCACCCCCUCAGGCCUACUCCCACCCCCUCAGGCCUGCUCCCACCCCCUCAGUCCUACUCCCACCCCCUCAGGCCUGCUCCCACCCCCUCAGGCCUGCUCCCACCCCCUCAGUCCUACUCCCACCCCCUCAGUCCUACUCCCACCCCCUCAGUCCUACUCCCACCCCCUCAGGCCUACUCCCACCCCCUCAGUCCUACUCCCACCCCCUCAGUCCUACUCCCACCCCCUCAGGCCUGCUCCCACCCCCUCAGGCCUGCUCCCACCCCCUCAGUCCUACUCCCACCCCCUCAGGCCUACUCCCACCCCCUCAGGCCUGCUCCCACCCCCUCAGUCCUACUCCCACCCCCUCAGUCCUACUCCCACCCCCUCAGGCCUACUCCCACCCCCUCAGGCCUGCUCCCACCCCCUCAGUCCUACUCCCACCCCCUCAGUCCUACUCCCACCCCCUCAGGCCUGCUCCCACCCCCUCAGUCCUACUCCCACCCCCUCAGUCCUACUCCCACCCCCUCAGGCCUACUCCCACCCCCUCAGGCCUGCUCCCACCCCCUCAGUCCUGCUCCCACCCCCUCAGGCCUACUCCCACCCCCUCAGGCCUACUCCCACCCCUCAGGCCUGCUCCCACCCCCUCAGUCCUACUCCCACCCCCUCAGUCCUACUCCCACCCCCUCAGUCCUACUCCCACCCCCCAGGCCUGCUCCCACCCCCUCAGGUCUGCUCCCACCCCCUCAGGCUGCUCCCACCCCCUCAGGCCUACUCCCACCCCCUCAGGCCUGCUCCCACCCCCUCAGGUCUGCUCCCACCCCCUCAGGCCUACUCCCACCCCCUCAGGCCUACUCCCACCCCCUCAGGCCUGCUCCCACCCCCUCAGUCCUACUCCCCACCCCCUCAGUCCUACUCCCACCCCCUCAGGCCUACUCCCACCCCCUCAGGCCUGCUCCCACCCCCUCAGUCCUGCUCCCACCCCCUCAGGCCUACUCCCACCCCCUCAGUCCUACUCCCACCCCCUCAGUCCUACUCCCACCCCCUCAGUCCUACUCCCACCCCCUCAGUCCUACUCCCACCCCCUCAGUCCUACUCCCACCCCCUCAGGCCUGCUCCCACCCCCUCAGUCCUACUCCCACCCCCUCAGUCCUACUCCCACCCCCUCAGUCCUACUCCCACCCCCUCAGGCCUGCUCCCACCCCCUCAGGUCUGCUCCCACCCCCUCAGGUCUGCUCCCACCCCCUCAGUCCUACUCCCACCCCCUCAGUCCUACUCCCACCCCCUCAGUCCUACUCCCACCCCCUCAGUCCUACUCCCACCCCCUCAGUCCUACUCCCACCCCCUCAGGCCUGCUCCCACCCCCUCAGGCCUGCUCCCACCCCCUCAGUCCUACUCCCACCCCCUCAGGCCUGCUCCCACCCCCUCAAGUCUGCUCCCACCCCCUCAGUCCUACUCCCACCCCCUCAGGCCUACUCCCACCCCCUCAGUCCUACUCCCACCCCCUCAGGCCUGCUCCCACCCCCUCAGUCCUACUCCCACCCCCUCAGGCCUGCUCCCACCCCCUCAGUCCUACUCCCACCCCCUCAGUCCUACUCCCACCCCCUCAGGCCUACUCCCACCCCCUCAGGCCUGCUCCCACCCCCUCAGUCCUACUCCCACCCCCUCAGUCCUACUCCCACCCCCUCAGGCCUACUCCCACCCCCUCAGGCCUGCUCCCACCCCCUCAGUCCUACUCCCACCCCCUCAGUCCUACUCCCACCCCCUCAGGCCUGCUCCCACCCCCUCAGUCCUACUCCCACCCCCUCAGUCCUACUCCCACCCCCUCAGGCCUACUCCCACCCCCUCAGGCCUGCUCCCACCCCCUCAGUCCUGCUCCCACCCCCUCAGGCCUACUCCCACCCCCUCAGGCCUACUCCCACCCCCUCAGGCCUGCUCCCACCCCCUCAGUCCUACUCCCACCCCCUCAGUCCUACUCCCACCCCCUCAGUCCUACUCCCACCCCCUCAGGCCUGCUCCCACCCCCUCAGGCCUACUCCCACCCCCUCAGGCCUGCUCCCACCCCCUCAGGCCUGCUCCCACCCCCUCAGGCCUACUCCCACCCCCUCAGGUCUGCUCCCACCCCCUCAGGCCUGCUCCCACCCCCUCAGUCCUACUCCCACCCCCUCAGUCCUACUCCCACCCCCUCAGGCCUACUCCCACCCCCUCAGGCCUACUCCCACCCCCUCAGGCCUGCUCCCACCCCCUCAGUCCUACUCCCACCCCCUCAGGCCUACUCCCACCCCCUCAGUCCUGCUCCCACCCCCCUCAGGCCUACUCCCACCCCCUCAGGUCUGCUCCCACCCCCUCAGGUCUGCUCCCACCCCCUCAGUCCUACUCCCACCCCCUCAGUCCUGCUCCCACCCCCUCAGUCCUACUCCCACCCCCUCAGUCCUACUCCCACCCCCUCAGGCCUACUCCCACCCCCUCAGGCCUGCUCCCACCCCCUCAGGUCUACUCCCACCCCCUCAGUCCUACUCCCACCCCCUCAGGCCUGCUCCCACCCCCUCAGGCCUGCUCCCACCCCCUCAGUCCUGCUCCCACCCCCUCAGUCCUACUCCCACCCCCUCAGUCCUACUCCCACCCCCUCAGGCCUACUCCCACCCCCUCAGUCCUGCUCCCACCCCCUCAGUCCUACUCCCACCCCCUCAGUCCUACUCCCACCCCCUCAGGCCUACUCCCACCCCCUCAGGCCUGCUCCCACCCCCUCAGGUCUGCUCCCACCCCCUCAGGCCUGCUCCCACCCCCUCAGUCCUACUCCCACCCCCUCAGUCCUACUCCCACCCCCUCAGUCCUACUCCCACCCCCUCAGGCCUGCUCCCACCCCCUCAGUCCUACUCCCACCCCCCUCAGUCCUACUCCCACCCCCUCAGUCCUACUCCCACCCCCCCAGGCCUGCUCCCACCCCCUCAGGUCUGCUCCCACCCCCCCAGGCCUGCUCCCACCCCCUCAGGUCUACUCCCACCCCCUCAGGUCUGCUCCCACCCCCUCAGUCCUACUCCCACCCCCUCAGUCCUACUCCCACCCCCUCAGUCCUACUCCCACCCCCUCAGUCCUACUCCCACCCCCUCAGGCCUGCUCCCACCCCCUCAGGCCUGCUCCCACCCCCUCAGGCCUGCUCCCACCCCCUCAGUCCUACUCCCACCCCCUCAGGCCUGCUCCCACCCCCUCAGGCCUACUCCCACCCCCUCAGUCCUACUCCCACCCCCUCAGGCCUACUCCCACCCCCUCAGUCCUGCUCCCACCCCCUCAGUCCUACUCCCACCCCCUCAGUCCUACUCCCACCCCCUCAGUCCUACUCCCACCCCCUCAGUCCUACUCCCACCCCCUCAGUCCUACUCCCACCCCCUCAGUCCUACUCCCACCCCCUCAGUCCUACUCCCACCCCCUCAGGCCUACUCCCACCCCCUCAGUCCUACUCCCACCCCCUCAGGUCUGCUCCCACCCCCUCAGUCCUACUCCCACCCCCUCAGGUCUGCUCCCACCCCCUCAGGCCUGCUCCCACCCCCUCAGGCCUACUCCCACCCCCUCAGGCCUGCUCCCACCCCCUCAGUCCUACUCCCACCCCCUCAGUCCUACUCCCACCCCCUCAGUCCUACUCCCACCCCCUCAGUCCUACUCCCACCCCCUCAGUCCUACUCCCACCCCCUCAGUCCUACUCCCACCCCCUCAGGUCUGCUCCCACCCCCUCAGUCCUACUCCCACCCCCUCAGGCCUGCUCCCACCCCCUCAGGCCUGCUCCCACCCCCUCAGGCCUGCUCCCACCCCCUCAGUCCUACUCCCACCCCCUCAGUCCUACUCCCACCCCCUCAGGUCUGCUCCCACCCCCUCAGUCCUACUCCCACCCCCUCAGGCCUGCUCCCACCCCCUGAGGUCUGCUCCCACCCCCUCAGGCCUGCUCCCACCCCCUCAGUCCUACUCCCACCCCCUCAGGCCUGCUCCCACCCCCUCAGUCCUACUCCCACCCCCUCAGGCCUACUCCCACCCCCUCAGUCCUACUCCCACCCCCUCAGGCCUGCUCCCACCCCCUCAGGCCUGCUCCCACCCCCUCAGUCCUACUCCCACCCCCUCAGGCCUACUCCCACCCCCUCAGGCCUGCUCCCACCCCCUCAGUCCUACUCCCACCCCCUCAGGCCUACUCCCACCCCCUCAGUCCUACUCCCACCCCCUCAGGCCUACUCCCACCCCCUCAGUCCUACUCCCACCCCCUCAGGCCUACUCCCACCCCCUCAGUCCUACUCCCACCCCCUCAGGCCUGCUCCCACCCCCUCAGUCCUACUCCCACCCCCUCAGUCCUACUCCCACCCCCUCAGUCCUGCUCCCACCCCCUCAGGCCUGCUCCCACCCCCUCAGUCCUACUCCCACCCCCUCAGUCCUACUCCCACCCCCUCAGUCCUACUCCCACCCCUCAGUCCUACUCCCACCCCCUCAGUCCUGCUCCCACCCCCUCAGGCCUGCUCCCACCCCCUCAGUCCUACUCCCACCCCCUCAGUCCUACUCCCACCCCCUCAGGCCUGCUCCCACCCCCUCAGGCCUGCUCCCACCCCCUCAGGCCUGCUCCCACCCCCUCAGUCCUGCUCCCACCCCCUCAGUCCUACUCCCACCCCCUCAGUCCUGCUCCCACCCCCUCAGUCCUACUCCCACCCCCUCAGGCCUGCUCCCACCCCCUCAGUCCUACUCCCACCCCCUCAGUCCUACUCCCACCCCCUCAGUCCUACUCCCACCCCCUCAGGCCUACUCCCACCCCCUCAGGCCUGCUCCCACCCCCUCAGUCCUACUCCCACCCCCUCAGGUCUGCUCCCACCCCCUCAGUCCUACUCCCACCCCCUCAGGUCUGCUCCCACCCCCUCAGGCCUGCUCCCACCCCCUCAGGCCUGCUCCCACCCCCUCAGUCCUACUCCCACCCCCUCAGGCCUACUCCCACCCCCUCAGUCCUACUCCCACCCCCUCAGGCCUGCUCCCACCCCCUCAGUCCUACUCCCACCCCCUCAGUCCUACUCCCACCCCCUCAGGCCUGCUCCCACCCCCUCAGUCCUACUCCCACCCCCUCAGUCCUACUCCCACCCCCUCAGUCCUACUCCCACCCCCUCAGUCCUACUCCCACCCCCUCAGGUCUGCUCCCACCCCCUCAGUCCUACUCCCACCCCCUCAGGCCUGCUCCCACCCCCUCAGGCCUGCUCCCACCCCCUCAGUCCUACUCCCACCCCCUCAGUCCUACUCCCACCCCCUCAGGCCUGCUCCCACCCCCUCAGUCCUACUCCCACCCCCUCAGUCCUACUCCCACCCCCUCAGUCCUACUCCCACCCCCUCAGGCCUGCUCCCACCCCCUCAGUCCUACUCCCACCCCCUCAGGCCUGCUCCCACCCCCUCAGUCCUACUCCCACCCCCUCAGUCCUACUCCCACCCCCUCAGUCCUACUCCCACCCCCUCAGUCCUACUCCCACCCCCUCAGGCCUGCUCCCACCCCCUCAGUCCUACUCCCACCCCCUCAGGCCUACUCCCACCCCCUCAGUCCUACUCCCACCCCCUCAGGCCUGCUCCCACCCCCUCAGUCCUACUCCCACCCCCUCAGUCCUACUCCCACCCCCUCAGGCCUGCUCCCACCCCCUCAGUCCUACUCCCACCCCCUCAGUCCUACUCCCACCCCCUCAGUCCUACUCCCACCCCCUCAGUCCUACUCCCACCCCCUCAGGUCUGCUCCCACCCCCUCAGUCCUACUCCCACCCCCUCAGGCCUGCUCCCACCCCCUCAGGCCUGCUCCCACCCCCUCAGUCCUACUCCCACCCCCUCAGUCCUACUCCCACCCCCUCAGGCCUGCUCCCACCCCCUCAGUCCUGCUCCCACCCCCUCAGUCCUACUCCCACCCCCUCAGGCCUGCUCCCACCCCCUCAGUCCUACUCCCACCCCCUCAGUCCUACUCCCACCCCCUCAGUCCUACUCCCACCCCCUCAGGCCUGCUCCCACCCCCUCAGUCCUACUCCCACCCCCUCAGUCCUACUCCCACCCCCUCAGUCCUACUCCCACCCCCUCAGUCCUACUCCCACCCCCUCAGGUCUGCUCCCACCCCCUCAGUCCUACUCCCACCCCCUCAGGCCUGCUCCCACCCCCUCAGGCCUGCUCCCACCCCCUCAGUCCUACUCCCACCCCCUCAGGCCUACUCCCACCCCCUCAGGCCUGCUCCCACCCCCUCAGUCCUACUCCCACCCCCUCAGUCCUACUCCCACCCCCUCAGGCCUACUCCCACCCCCUCAGUCCUGCUCCCACCCCCUCAGGCCUACUCCCACCCCUCAGGCCUACUCCCACCCCCUCAGUCCUACUCCCACCCCCUCAGUCCUACUCCCACCCCCUCAGGCCUGCUCCCACCCCCUCAGGCCUGCUCCCACCCCCUCAGGCCUACUCCCACCCCCUCAGGCCUGCUCCCACCCCCUCAGUCCUACUCCCACCCCCUCAGUCCUACUCCCACCCCCUCAGGCCUGCUCCCACCCCCUCAGUCCUGCUCCCACCCCCUCAGGCCUACUCCCACCCCCUCAGGUCUGCUCCCACCCCCUCAGUCCUGCUCCCACCCCCUCAGGCCUACUCCCACCCCCUCAGUCCUGCUCCCACCCCCUCAGGCCUACUCCCACCCCCUCAGUCCUGCUCCCACCCCCUCAGUCCUACUCCCACCCCCUCAGUCCUGCUCCCACCCCCUCAGGCCUGCUCCCACCCCCUCAGUCCUACUCCCACCCCCUCAGUCCUGCUCCCACCCCCUCAGGUCUGCUCCCACCCCCUCAGGCCUGCUCCCACCCCCUCAGGCCUGCUCCCACCCCCUCAGGUCUGCUCCCACCCCCUCAGGCCUGCUCCCACCCCCUCAGUCCUACUCCCACCCCCUCAGUCCUGCUCCCACCCCUCUCAGGCCUACUCCCACCCCCUCAGGUCUGCUCCCACCCCCUCAGUCCUGCUCCCACCCCCUCAGUCCUACUCCCACCCCCUCAGGCCUACUCCCACCCCCUCAGGCCUGCUCCCACCCCUCAGGUCUGCUCCCACCCCCUCAGUCCUACUCCCACCCCCUCAGGCCUGCUCCCACCCCCUCAGCCCUACUCUCGCUCGUCCCCAGCCUGCCCCCCCUGGUCUCCCUUAUCUCUGUCACCUGACUCACAGACACGGCCCUCAUACAUCAUCCUCCUUUAUCGUCUCUCUGCUCACACAGCCGCCGCCCCGACAGCCAAUCGCAGCCGAGAACAACACCCCAUUGUUUUGCUCUCGCAGCAGAAGAAGCCAAACAGAUUGUGGCUGGCCGGGGUUUAG